AUGGGAACACCUGUGAACAUCAUUGUUGGAUCACAGGUUUGGGUUGAGGAUCCUGUGGUUGCAUGGAUUGAUGGUGAAGUCACAAAAAUCAAUGGCAAAAAUGCUACCAUCAUUACUACAGAAGGAAAAACUGUUGUAGCAGAAAUUUCAAGUAUAUAUCCUAAAGACACAGAGGCACCACCUGCAGGGGUUGAUGACAUGACCAAGCUAGCAUACCUCCACGAACCCGGAGUAUUGCAUAACCUCUUGUGUCGUUUUUCGCUCAAUGAGAUAUAUACAUAUACAGGGAAUAUUUUAAUUGCGGUGAAUCCUUUUCGAAGACUACCGCAUUUGUACGACAGUCAUAUGAUGGAGCAGUACAAAGGAGCAGCAUUUGGAGAGCUUAGUCCUCACCUUUUUGCUGUAGCAGACACAUGUUACAGGGCAAUGAUGAAUGAAAAUGGAAGUCAAUCCAUUUUGGUAAGCGGAGAAAGUGGAGCCGGUAAAACUGAGACGACUAAAAUGCUAAUGAGAUAUCUCGCUUUCAUGGGAGGUAGAUCGAAUACCGAAGGAAGGACAGUAGAACAACAGGUUUUGGAGUCCAAUCCAGUGUUGGAAGCGUUCGGAAAUGCCAAAACUGUCAAAAACAACAACUCAAGUCGUUUUGGUAAAUUUGUUGAAAUUCAAUUCGACAAGAAUGGGAAGAUUUCUGGAGCUGCUAUCCGUACCUACCUCCUCGAAAGAUCUCGCGUUUGCCAAGUUUCUGACCCGGAGAGAAACUAUCAUUGCUUUUACAUGCUUUGUGCAGCUCCACCAGAGGAUGUCAAGAAGUACAAGCUAGGAGAUCCAAGGAAAUUUCGCUAUCUUAACCAAUCAAGCUGUUAUGAAGUGUCGAAUGUAGAUGAUGCAAAAGAAUACUUGGAGACGAGAAAUGCAAUGGAUAUUGUAGGCAUCAACCAGGAUGAGCAGGACGCUAUCUUCCGUGUUGUAGCUGCAAUCCUUCAUCUUGGAAACAUUGACUUCGUCAAAGGGAAUGAGUUUGAUUCGUCCAAAUUAAAAGACGACAAAUCCCUCAACCACCUUCGAACAGUUGCCGAGUUAUUCAUGUGUGACGAGAAAUCACUAGAAGACUCGCUUUGUCAGCGUGUCAUUGUUACCCCUGAUGGCAACAUUACAAAACCAUUAGACCCGGAUGCAGCUUCUUUGAGCCGAGAUGCAUUGGCAAAGACAGUAUACUCCAGAUUGUUCGAUUGGAUCGUGGACAAAAUUAACAGUUCCAUCGGUCAAGAUUCUAAUGCGGUAAGCCUAAUAGGAGUCCUUGACAUUUAUGGAUUUGAAAGCUUCAAAAUCAAUAGUUUCGAGCAACUAUGCAUCAACUUAACAAAUGAGAAGCUGCAACAACAUUUUAAUCAGCAUGUAUUCAAGAUGGAGCAAGAAGAGUACACAAAGGAGGAAAUUAAUUGGAGCUACGUAGAAUUUGUCGAUAAUCAGGAUGUUCUCGAUCUUAUUGAGAAGAAACCUGGUGGAAUUAUUGCUCUUCUUGACGAAGCGUGCAUGUUUCCGAAAUCAACUCAUGAGACUUUUGCGCAAAAGAUGUACCAGACAUACAAAGGACACAAGCGAUUCGCGAAACCAAAACUUUCUCGAACAGACUUCAUAGUUAAUCACUACGCCGGAGAUGUCACAUACCAGGCCGAUUAUUUUCUUGAUAAGAAUAAAGAUUAUGUCGUAGCUGAGCAUCAGGCUCUUUUGUGUGCUUCAAAGUGUCCAUUUGUUGCUAAUCUUUUCCCUCCUUUACCCGAGGAAUCAUCAAAGCAAUCGAAAUUCUCUUCCAUUGGCUCACAGUUUAAGCAACAACUUCAAUCUCUGAUGGAGACACUAAGCACCACAGAACCACAUUACAUAAGAUGUGUGAAACCAAAUACAGUUUUGCAGCCGGGAAUAUUUGAGAACUUCAAUGUCUUAAACCAGUUAAGAUGCGGGGGAGUUCUUGAGGCAAUAAGGAUAAGUUGUGCUGGAUAUCCAACAAAAAGAACAUUCGAAGAGUUCCUUGAUCGAUUUGGAAUGCUAGUCCCUGAUGUCCUUGACGGAUCCGACGAGAAAAAAGCAUCUAUUUCCAUAUGUGAUAAGAUGGGUUUAAAAGGCUAUCAAAUGGGAAAAACCAAGGUGUUUCUUAGAGCUGGUCAAAUGGCUGAAUUAGAUGCACGAAGAGCCGAAGUCUUAGCUAAAGCAGCUAGACUCAUACAGAGACAAAUCCGAACACAUUUAGCUCGAAAAGAGUUCAUCACCAUGAAAAAGGCCACAAUCCGUAUUCAGAAAACUUGGAGAGCAAAACUUGCACGGGAGAUCUAUGGAGAUAUGAGGAGAGAAGCAGCUUCUAUACGGAUACAGAAACAGGCACGUGCACAUAGAGCAAGAUUGUAUUAUACAUCAUUACAAGCAUCCGCUAUUGUUAUUCAGUCAGGGUUGAGAGCAUUUGCAGCACGAAACGAAUAUAGGUUUAGAAGAAGAACAAAGGCUUCAACCAAAAUUCAGACACAAUGGAGGAAAGUUCAAGCUCUUUGUACUUACAAGCAGCAGAAGAAAUCAACUGUUACACUUCAAUGCCUGUGGAGGGCUAAAGUAGCACGCAAAGAGCUCAAAAAGCUUCGAAUGGCUGCAAGGGAAACCGGGGCACUUAAAGAAGCGAAAGACAAACUGGAGAAACGCGUCGAGGAGCUUACAUGGAGACUAGAUAUUGAGAAGCACAUGAGGGUUGACCUUGAAGAAGCUAAGGGGCAAGAGAUUUUGAAACUGCAAAAUGCGUUACAAGAAAUGCAAGGUAAGCUAGAUGAAGCUCAUACAGCAAUUAUACAUGAAAAAGAAGCCGCAAAAAUAGCAAUUGAACAAGCACCACCAGUGAUAAAAGAAGUACCUGUUGUGGAUAAUACCAAGUUGGAGUUACUCACAAAUAAAAAUGAGAAUCUAGAGAGUGAAGUAGAAGAGCUUAAAAACAGGAUCAAAGAUUUCGAAGAAAGGUAUAAGGAAAUUGAAAAGGAAAGUCAAGAAAGGCUGAAAGAGGCAGAAGAAGCACAGCUUAAAGCAACACAACUUCAAGAGACUAUUGAAAGAUUAGAAUUGAGUUUGUCAAACCUUGAGUCAGAGAACCAGGUUCUUUGCCAGCAAGCUUUGGUAGAAUCGAAAAACGAAGAUCUCUCGGAAGAUAUUAAAAUCCUCAAGGAUCAAAUAGCAAAUCUAGAAUCAGAGAAUGAAGUUCUUCGGAGCCAGGCAGCAAUAGCUGCUGUAGAGCAGAAAGUUCAUCCAGAAAAACUAGAAACCGAUCAGGAAGUUGUUGUCGAACAUCAGAUUCAACAACCAAGAACUAUUGCAGAUAACGCGACAGCGCAAAUCAAGGACUUGGACAAUCGAAAUCAAGUAGAUGAAGAACUGCAUGCAAGAAAAGAAGCAAAAGUACCUGUUUCCGUUCUUACAAAGCAAAGAUCAUUAACAGAAAGACAGCAGGAAAGUCAUGAUGCGUUGCUCAAGUGUCUUACAGAAGAUAAACGUUUCGAGAAGAACAGACCAGCAGUUUCUUGUAUUGUUUAUAAAGCACUUCUUCAUUGGAGGUCCUUUGAAGCAGAGAAGACACAGAUAUUUGAUAAAAUUACUCACACUAUCCGAACAUCUAUAGAGAAUCAAGAAGGAAUCAGUGAUCUGGCGUAUUGGCUUUCAACAACAUCAACACUUUUGUUUUACCUACAUUGCACACUAAAAGUCAGCAAUACAACUAAUACACUGUCGCGUAAUCGUAAUCGUAACUCUCCUGCCACACUUUUUGGCAAAAUGGCACAGGGUUUACGUUCAUCUUCAAUGGGCAUAGGGAUAUCGAGUGGUUACAGUGGCAUGGCGGAAAAGCCAAAUGAACAAUCUAAAGUGGAAGCAAAGUACCCUGCUAUUCUAUUUAAGCAACACUUAACUGCAUAUGUGGAGAAAAUAUAUGGAAUGAUCCGUGACAGUUUAAAGAAAGAGAUUAGUCCAUUCUUAAAUCUUUGUAUUCAGGCACCAAGAUCCAUAAGAUCCAGAUCGAUAAGAGGGUCAUCCAGAAACAUCCAUUCAAAUAUAGUUGCGAAACAACAAGCAUUGCAUAUGCACUGGAAAGGCAUUGUGAGCAAGUUAGAUCAUGCCUUUGGUAUAUUGUCUGACAACUAUGUCCCUCCGAUGAUAACAAGGAAGAUAUUUAGUCAGGUUUUCUCGUACAUGAAUGUUCAACUAUUUAAUAGUUUGUUGCUUCGUCGCGAGUGCUGUUCCUUUAGCAAUGGAGAAUAUCUGAAAGCAGGUUUGCAUGAGUUGGAACUAUGGUGUAUAAAAGUAACCGAUCAGUUUGCCGGGUCGUCUUGGGUUGAACUCAAACACAUACGCCAAAGUGUUGGAUUUCUGGUUUUGCAUCAAAAGACUCAAAAAUCUUUGGAGGAGAUCACAAAUGAACUAUGCCCGGUGUUAAGUAUUCCACAAAUAUAUCGCAUUGGAACCAUGUUCUGGGACGACAAGUAUGGAACACAAGGAUUAUCUCCAGAUGUCAUUAGCAGAAUGAGAGUUCUUAUGACAGAAGACUCAACAAACAUACUCAAUAACUCAUUCCUUCUAGAAGUAGAAUCCAGCAUUCCAUUCUUAAUGGAGGAGUUGUUUCGGUCCAUGAGCGACAUUCGAAUAUCAGAUAUGGAUGUGGAUCCACCAACAAUCCUUAGACAAAGAUCUGAUUUCCAAUUCUUGUUGCAGCAUAUCGAUAGUGACUCCCAGUGA